CCCCUAACCAUGCUGGUAGCGGCGCUUCUCUGCGCGCUGUGCUGCGGCCUCUUGGCUGCGUCCGCUCGAGCUGGCUACUCCGAGGACCGCUGCAGCUGGAGGGGCAGCGGUUUGACCCAGGAACCUGGCAGCGUGGGGCAGCUGACCCUGGAUUGUACUGAGGGUGCUAUCGAGUGGCUGUAUCCAGCUGGGGCGCUGCGCCUGACUCUAGGCGGCUCUGAUCCGGGCACGCGGCCCAGCAUCGUCUGUCUGCGCCCAACACGGCCCUUCGCUGGUGCCCAGGUCUUCGCUGAACGGAUGGCCGGCAACCUAGAGUUGCUACUGGCCGAGGGCCAAGGCCUGGCUGGGGGCCGCUGCAUGCGCUGGGGUCCUCGCGAGCGCCGAGCCCUUUUCCUGCAGGCCACGCCACACCGGGACAUCAGCCGCAGAGUUGCUGCCUUCCAAUUUGAACUGCACGAGGACCAACGUGCAGAAAUGUCUCCCCAGGCCCAAGGUUUUGGUGUGGAUGGUGCCUGCAGGCCCUGCAGUGAUGCCGAGCUCCUUCUGACUGCAUGCACCAGUGACUUUGUGAUCCAUGGGACCAUCCAUGGGGUCGUCCAUGACAUGGAGCUGCAAGAAUCAGUCAUCACUGUGGUGGCCACUCGUGUCAUCCGCCAGACACUGCCACUGUUCCAGGAAGGGAGCUCGGAGGGCCGGGGCCAGGCCUCCGUUCGUACCUUGUUGCGCUGUGGUGUGCGUCCUGGCCCAGGCUCCUUCCUCUUCAUGGGCUGGAGCCGAUUUGGCGAAGCUUGGCUGGGCUGCGCUCCCCGCUUCCAAGAGUUCAGCCGUGUCUAUUCAGCUGCUCUCGCGGCCCACCUCAACCCAUGUGAGGUGGCACUGGACUGAGAGACCUGGGAGCAAGCCCUGGAUGGAUCUUCCUCUGGG